AUGUUGAAAAAGAAAGGUUCUGAAUAAUUAGAUAUCAUAUUUGAGGCAGGUGAAGAUCUUUUGAACUUCUCUAAAAAUUAAGUCAUCAUGAUCAAGAAUAAUUCUAUCAAGCUUCCCAUUAUUAAACCAAGAACAUUUUUAUCAUAUAGUUUUGAAUUCUGUGGGAUUACAGGUCUCAAUUACAAGAUGCUCAGAUUUUAAUCCUUAGGCAGAGAUAUUAGAGUAUAUUUAAAAUUUUAUUAUAAGCCUGAAACUAGUAUAAUGACUUCAUGUUUAGUCAAGGUAAUACAUACAACAGAGUUUUCAUAAAUGGCAUAAAAUCCUUUAAAAACUUCAUUCUAAGGGUUGUUUAUACAAGGUAGUCAUAGUGAUAUCCUGCUUUAAAUUAAUAAAGAAGAUGUAUUAUGAUUUGUUAAUUCAAAGCCAAUAUCUUUGCAUAAAUGUAUUUUGGCUUGUAGAUCACCAAAAUUUAAUGGGAUGUUUUCUUCAAAUAUGAGUGAAAGUAAUUAAACUUUAGUUAAGGUCGAAUAUAGCAAACCUGAAUUAUUUAAAGUCAUGUUAUAAUGGAUAUAUUGCGGGUAUUGGAAAGAAGUACUUUUAUGUUUUUAUUUUAAUUCAGUUCCCAGAAGAGAUAGAAGAUACUUGUGAUUUAAUGUUACUAGCUGAUGAAUAUUUAAUUACAGACUUAAAAUAAAAAUGUGAAGAAGAUAUCAUUUCAAAAUUGGAUAGUAGCAAUAUUUUAUAUAUAUUGUUAUUUGUAGAAAAACACUCAAAUAUUAUAUCUCAACCUCUUUUAGAAAAAACUAAUUCUAUGUUUAUAGAUGAAUUUGAUAAGAUCCAUAAAUUAAAUCCUAAUUUAGAAUAAGAAAUAACAAGAAUGCCUGGUUUGAUGACAAAGUUAUUUAAAAAUUUACAUCAAAAAAAAAUAAGGAAAGGAAGAAAAGUUCAUUUUGUGGUUGAUGAUUUUGAAGAAUCAGAUUCAGAUGACUAUGUUAGAAAUUAUACACAAUAUUUCUACUAAUGA